GCUACUAAGAGCAGAAGAGAAUGGGUGGUAUAUCGCGGAGCAUAGAGACACACACAACCAUUCGCUUUCACCUAAUUUUGGUGAAACAAUCCACUGGCCUUCAUGCAAACACAUAGAUGUUUACACCAGGGAUCUUGUGAAGCAGUUAAGGCAGAACAAUGUCAACCUUGCAGAGGUGUACAACAUCAUAGGAGGUUUCUUUGGGUCGAUGGAAAAUGUUCCAUUCACGAAGAGGUCUCUGCGUAAUUUGUGUGGCAAUACAAAUAGGGACCAGGCAGAUGAAGAGGAUGUAAAGAAGAUGAUGGAUGUGUUUGCGGAGAUUGGAGCUAAAGAUCCGCACUUCACAUACAGGGUUCAAGCUGACAGUGAGGGUAGGGUCAAGAAUCUGAUGUGGGCAACUGGUAGCAGCAGGCUGCAGUACAACUUCAUUGGUGAUGUCAUAACAUUCGACACAACUUACAGGACGAACUUGUAUGACAUGCCUUUCGGCCUUUUUGUUGGCGUGAACAAUCACUUUCAAAGUGUGAUUUUGGCUAGUGUUCUUGCUCGCGAUGAUACCCAAGAGAGUUUGGAGUGGGUCUUUUCAGAAUUCCCAAGAAUGAUGGGUGGUUCUCCACCCAUGACCAUACUUAAAGACCAAAACUGUGCCAGGGAGCUUGCUAUCAGUAAGAUUAUGCCCGGGACAACACACAGAUGGUGCAAAUGGCACAUUUUGAAGAAGGCAAAGGAGGCGUUGGAUCCUCUGUAUACAAAGAAAAGUGACUUGUGGUGGCUAGCAUACGUGUUUACCAAAAUAAAGAGAUGCCUGAACUAAUCGGGAGAGAUAAUCUUAGUACAAAAAAUCAUAGAUAAAACAUGAUUGCCC